AUUAUUAUCUCUCUUUUUCUUCUUUCUUCUUUCUUCUUCUCUUCAUUUUCUCUAAAUCAAAAGAGUGAUUUUUUUUUUUUGCCAUAUUAUCACUUUUAACACUUUUUCUUUUGUUGGGUGUUUUUUGCUUUCAAAAUAGGCUCAAAAAGAAGUUAAAAUGAAGAAAUUUUUGAUAAUCUUCUUUGUGAUUUGGGCAAGUUUGAUCAUGUUCCUCCUUGGAUUCUCUACCACUCAUCAAUAUGAAAAGCAUAAUGGAUUAAUAAUAAGUAGAAAGCAAUUAAAGGAAGAGAAGAGUAGUUUUAUGGAUAUGGAAGAUUAUGGGCCAAUUGAUCCAGUUCCAAGCUCAAAGGCAUCUAUAAGGCCAGGCCCAAUAGAGCAUGGGAGUCCAAUAAUCCCAUAUAUACCAAAGCCUUCUCCUCCUCCUAAUCCUAAUCCUAAUCCUAAUUCUGACCAUUCCUAAUUCCUAUUCUUACUAGGGAUAGUGGUAUCCAUUGUUUGGAAUGAAGAUAGUCUCUCUGUUAUCCCUGCACCCAAACACUACUUUUGUGUUUGUUUUUCUUGUUCUUUAACUUUGCUUUGUAAUUGGAUGAAUUUGUGUUGUUCAUGACCACUACACCACUUUGUAUAUUAUAUCAACUUUAAUUCUAAUUUUU